AACGCAGGAGCCUAGCGCUCUCGCGGCUGCGGGUGAGGUCCAGCCAUUGGCAGGAGGGGAACACUGGACCGCAGCAACUCGCCCCGCCUGCCACAUCAGCUCUGGGCGCAGCACAGGUCUGCGCAAGGACCAUGGGCGCCGCGCUGGGCACGAGCGCACGGCUGGCGCCCCUGCGGGGCCGAGCCUGCGGCGCCGUCCCGCGCUGGGCGCCCUCUGCACCCGCCCGAGGCUGCCACUCCAAGCCCGGCGCGGCGCGCCCGGUGCCCCUGAAGAAGCGCGGUUACGAUGUUACCAGGAACCCGCAUCUCAACAAGGGGAUGGCCUUUACACUUGAAGAAAGGCUGCAGCUUGGAAUCCACGGCCUGAUUCCCCCCUGCUUCCUGAGCCAGGACGUCCAGCUUCUCCGGAUCAUGAGAUACUAUGAGCGGCAGCAGAGCGACCUGGACAAGUACAUCAUUCUCAUGACACUCCAGGACCGGAACGAGAAGCUCUUCUACCGAGUGCUGACAUCAGACGUGGAGAAAUUCAUGCCCAUCGUGUACACCCCCACCGUGGGGCUGGCCUGUCAGCACUAUGGCCUGACCUUCCGCAGGCCCCGGGGGCUGUUUAUCACCAUUCAUGACAAGGGCCACCUUGCAACAAUGCUGAACUCUUGGCCAGAAGACAAUAUUAAGGCCGUGGUGGUAACUGAUGGGGAGCGCAUCCUGGGCCUAGGCGAUCUGGGCUGCUACGGCAUGGGCAUCCCCGUGGGCAAGCUGGCCCUGUACACAGCGUGCGGAGGGGUCAGCCCGCAGCAGUGCCUCCCAGUCCUGCUGGACGUCGGCACCAACAAUGAGGAGCUGCUCAGAGACCCUCUGUACAUUGGGUUGAAACACCAGCGUGUGCGUGGGAAGGAGUACGAUGACCUGCUGGACGAGUUCAUGCAGGCUGUGACAGACAAGUUUGGAAUAAAUUGCCUCAUCCAGUUUGAAGACUUUGCCAAUGCCAAUGCCUUCCGCCUGCUCAACAAAUACCGCAACAAGUAUUGCAUGUUCAAUGAUGACAUCCAAGGCACAGCCUCUGUCGCUGUAGCGGGGAUCCUGGCUGCUCUGCGAAUCACCAAGAACAAGCUCUCCAAUCAUGUGUUUGUUUUCCAAGGCGCAGGUGAGGCAGCCAUGGGCAUUGCCCACCUCCUUGUCAUGGCUCUAGAGAAAGAAGGUGUACCCAAGGCAGAGGCCACAAGGAAGAUCUGGAUGGUGGACUCCAAGGGACUCAUUGUCAAGGGGAGGAGCCACCUGAACCAUGAGAAGGAGAUGUUUGCCCAGGACCAUCCUGAAGUGAACUCCCUGGAGGAGGUGGUGAGGCUGGUAAAGCCCACAGCUAUCAUAGGUGUUGCUGCCAUCGCAGGAGCCUUCACGGAGCAGAUUCUGAGGGACAUGGCCUCCUUCCACGAGCGCCCUAUCAUCUUUGCCCUGAGCAACCCCACCAGCAAGGCCGAGUGCACGGCUGAGAAGUGCUACCGGGUCACUGAGGGCCGAGGGAUCUUUGCCAGUGGAAGUCCCUUUAAGAGCGUGACUCUGGAAGAUGGCAGGACCUUCAUUCCUGGGCAAGGAAACAAUGCCUAUGUGUUCCCUGGAGUGGCUCUGGGAGUCAUUGCUGGGGGGAUCCGGCACAUCCCAGAUGAGAUCUUCCUCCUGACAGCAGAGCAAAUUGCCCAAGAGGUCUCUGAGCAGCAUUUGUCCCAGGGGAGACUGUACCCACCACUCAGCACCAUCCGAGAUGUGUCUCUGAGAAUCGCCAUCAAAGUCCUCGACUUCGCGUACAAACACAACCUGGCCUCCUACUACCCAGAGCCCAAGGACAAGGAGGCUUUUGUAAGAUCCCUGGUCUACACUCCAGAUUAUGACUCCUUUACACUGGACAGCUAUACUUGGCCCAAGGAAGCCAUGAAUGUUCAAACAGUCUGAUGCAGUUUCAGAGUCUGGUAUGGGCUGGAACAACCCCAGCGUAACACUGACAAUAUAAAUGGGUUCUAAAAUGGC